AUUAGUUCUACGAGACGCCAAUCAAAGCUGAGGCGAUCCCGCCCUCUGCGUCACACGUCUUUCAAGUGACGUCAAUGUGUCUGCAGGUGUUGGAAGAGGCGCAGUAUUGGCGUAAGUGACGCUUGAAACGGCUUUUACGAUGGCUUCAGCUACAGAUAACCGUUAUGGACAAAAGGAGUCUUCUGAUCAGAACUUUGAUUACAUGUUCAAAAUCCUGAUCAUCGGGAAUAGCAGCGUCGGAAAGACAAGCUUUCUGUUUCGUUACGCAGAUGACUCUUUCACCCCAGCAUUUGUAAGCACAGUGGGCAUCGACUUUAAGGUGAAGACCAUCUACAGGAAUGACAAGAGGAUAAAACUGCAGAUCUGGGAUACAGCAGGACAGGAGCGAUACAGAACCAUCACCACUGCCUACUACCGUGGAGCCAUGGGCUUCAUCCUCAUGUACGACAUCACCAAUGAAGACUCUUUCGCUGCAGUGCAGGACUGGUCCACACAGAUUAAGACAUACUCGUGGGACAAUGCCCAGGUACUACUAGUGGGCAACAAGUGUGAUAUGGAGGAUGAGAGGGUCGUCGCCUCUGAGAGGGGCAGACAGCUCUCCGAGCACCUCGGUUUUGAGUAUUUUGAAGCCAGUGCCAAGGACAACAUCAACGUCAAACAAACCUUCGAGAGGCUGGUGGACAUAAUCUGUGAGAAGAUGUCCGAGAGCCUGGAUGCUGCUGAUCCUGCAGUGACGGGAGCCAAACAGGGACCCCAGCUCACAGAGCAACCCGCCGCUCCGCACCAGGACUGCGCCUGUUGAAAUAAAACCCAGCUUCAUCUGCACUGCCUUGCACCAACACAAACAAACAAGUUUAGGUAUUUAAAAAAAAAGAGCGAAAAAACCCUCUAUCUCCCUUCAUGUUUGUUCUAGCUCAUUUUAGGACUGCCCCUUAGCUCCACACCCAUUAAUGAAUUUUGACAUCUCAAGCUUUGAUAAUUCCACAUGCAGUUCAUAAAAUUUAAAGAUAAAGAAAUCCAUAGUACUUCGAGGGGUUUUAUUAGGCUUUCAUUUUUAAUGUUGAUUUUAUAAACCUUAUAAUUAGGCCCAAAUUUAAAUUUUAGGACACCAGAUCACAUAGUUCCUCAUAGCAUUUCUUUUUCAGUUUUGAAGGUUUGUGUCCGCACACACAUAAUCUCUGUUAGAGCCGUCAUUUCAGGUUUCUCUUCUUCCCUCUCCUUGGAUUAUUUAUGAACAAAUUUAAAAGAGGAACGGGACAGAUUUCUGUAUAUUUAUUCCGAUUAUGUACAUAAUAAAUACAGUGCAGUAUUUAAAUGAUACAGUUAGAGAUGCAUAUCUAAAAUGUUUAUUAUAAUUUUUUUUUUAAUGACCAGUUCACAAAAAUAUAAAGUUAGAGAAGUCAGAUAACGCUGUUUUCAUGGUAACUUUGCAGUGCUUGUCACGAACCUUUCUUGCUUAUUUGUAUCUGUGACGUAUUAAUUGUUCACUGCCUUGCCUCAUGUUAUCUCAGUCGGGAGACUGAAACCCAAAAUAUCAUACACAAACAUUCCUUAAUGUAAAUUGCAUGGAAGGAAAUAAAGCCAUUUAGGCAAAUAGUGGUAGGAUUCCUUUCUAACCGCUUUGUUAGGUCUAGUCAAGUGUAUUUCUAGUCAAAAUCUGAGUUUAAUUUGUGACCGUGCUGUUGCUUCCUUAAAUGUAGCGACAGAGGCAUUCAUAUCAACAGUACUUAUAUUAUAUCUCAACAUUUAGCAAAAGUUACUAAGAUUUGACUAGCAUUUCCCAUAAUGACUCUAUAGAUUGGCGUGUCCUUGUGUAAGAUUUUAUGUGGCAACAGGCCUGCAACUAUAACGCAAAAAAAUAUAAAUGUUUACAUGUGUAAGAUCCUCCCAGAUAUUCCUGCAUCUUUCCUUUGCUAUUCCGUCUUCCUUUCGUGAAAAUUUAUUGUAAAUACGUUUGAGUCUCUGGUUUUACGUGUGGACCGUGAUGUAUCGAUCCUGGGCUUCAAAAAAACGUAAGAUAAGUGAAGAAAAUUGAUAUGAAGGAUGUACUUUUCCUGCUGUCGUGUAUGCCUGCUUGUGAAUGAAUGUGUCACUUUAUUACAGAGCAAUAUUGAAGAAAGUACCUUUCAUGUGUUACAGAUUAGUCACCAUCACUCUGAUAGCAUAAAGCAUUUCAUGAUGUGAAAGAAAUGUGAUGAAGUGGUUUAAUUGUGAACCAAACGAGGCUGAUAGACUGAAUGUCACAUCUGAUGUGGAGCAGGUUUACUGAUAUCCAAAACAUGACAUAAAAAAAUCAUUUUUUAAAUACUGAAUGAAUUAGUUAAGCAUCACCUGUUAUUUAAUUAAUGUAAAUAUCAGAUGUUUAAAAGAUAUGGGCAUCCUGUACUGUAACCUAUCCACCAUCACAUCAGUUUAUCAUGAAAAGAUCUCAAAUUUGUCCUGCAUUAUGUAUAAUUGUUUUUAUUUGUAUGUGUGCUGGUUAAUGCUUACCAUUGUGUUUUUAUUAUUAUAAUUUUUUAAUGUUCCUUUAUCAGAUAUCAGAGUGUGUUGUAUGAUGAAAAAACACUAAUAUGCAGUAGUAAAUGUACUGUAUUUACAAUAAGGGGUUUGGUGUCAAAGUGUCCAGUGAAAUUUACCAAAUCAACUGUCUAUGUUGUGAAAUGACUGAAGUUAUACAAAUAAAGGUUUGUGCUGUUUA